UGAGAGAGAGAGAGCCCAGGAGAGAAGAGAGGCAGGCAAUAGAGACAGACACACAAAUAGGCAUCAGUCUAGCAGAGUGAGCUUUGCAUAGGGAAGCUAAGGCCAGAGGAAGAGGGGGGUCAAGGAAAGAGGCACACAGAGACAAAAAAGCACAACAGAAGAAGACAGGAAGCAGCAAGAAACCAAUAAAGACCAACUCUAAAAGAGAGAAAGACCUUUGGAGCAAUAGCUGGUUGGUAUCCCACAAAGGGUCGGUAGCUCAGCGAUUUGAUUCAGAGCAGCCAGCAGUCAUAGUCAGUCAUGGCAACACAAUCCGGUCCUCAAGGCAGGGUCUUGUUCCAAACCCCGGAGGAGAAGGAAGAAGAAGAGCCUUCCCAGCGGAGGCUGGGGAAACUCACCGUCAAAUACAACCGCAAAGACCUGCAGCGGAGACUGGACAUCGAGGAGUGGAUCGAUGGGCAACUCCAUCUCCUGUUUGACUGUGGGGAAGAGGACAUACCAGAGUUGGAGAUUGACAUUGACGAAUUGCUAGACCUUUCAGACUCAGAACAAAGAUUAAAACUACACGAACUGCUACAAGAGUGUGGCAAACCCAGAGAGGUAAAAAGUGUCAUGAUUUUAUCAAUGGCUUGCUGUAUCGGAUAAAGGGCCUACGCAAGAUGUCAGGACCUUUGAGGAAAUAAAUCAUCCUGUGAGGCAGAGACAAUGUACACAGGCCACAUCUUCCUUCACACCAACAACUAGCUGAGGCUACAUGGGCCUACAGCCACAUGGGUCCACUUCAAACUGGGCAGUUGUGAUAAUAGUUUACCAGAAGAUCAAAGGAUCUUCAUAACACACUAUGUAGUUUCAGUGGUGCAGUGUGGGGACUAGCACUGGGACAGAGGAACCUCUAUCACACACAAACAAAAUUAGCAUGAAUAAAGUUGUAAAAUGUGACCAACAACAUGUGAACAGUAAUAAUAUUAGAAACAGUAGAUUCUCACAACGUCAAGUCAAACAAAAUCAUGCAGAAUAGAAAUUACAUUAUAUUUCAGUGGUUCCCUGAGAAGAUGCAUUGGAUCAGAGAUUUACCCGUCUGUUAUAUCAUUUAAUGUCACUGAUUAUCUUUCUGGUGUGGAUGUGAAUACUGGAAUUGUGAAGAUGUGAUAUUAUUUGCAGCCCCUUGUUUAUUUUGUAUUGUGAUGAAAUCACCUUCAACACAUAGAGAUCAAUGUUCUAGCAAAUAUAGUUAUGGGUGUCGAUUUCAAACAUACCAGUCCUCUAGAACAAGUCUGUAUCUAACAGAAGGGAUUAGUAUAAAACAUAUGGUCAAUAACAUUUUGUGCAAGGUUAGGUUUUUGUUUUUAGGAUAUACCAUUAAUAAAAAGUACAUUCAUUUAAA